UAUGGAAGACGAUGAUAUAAUUUCCGAAGAAAUAAUAGUAACGUCGAAGUCAUGAUUUCCGAUAUCUUGAGUUAACGCCACUGACUGCAGUCAGCUCCCGACGGCUCUGUUUUCGGCUUGUUUUAGUUUUUGUAAUUCAGAUAGCAUCAAGUGCCAAUAAUGGGCAUUUGAUGCAGCGCUAACAGGAUCUAUGCAACGCGACGACCAGCAAGUUCAGGUGCAAGUGCAGGCUCAGCAGCCGCUGCAGCAAGUGCAGCAAGUGCAAGCUCAGCAGCAGCAGCAGCCGGUACAGCAAGUGCAAGUGCAAGUGCAGGUGCAGCAAGAGACACCCUACCACUGUGACAUCUGCAACAAGUUUUUCUCGCGCAAGGACCACUUCAAAAACCAUGUUAUGUGGCACACUGGAGAGACGCCGCAUCGUUGUGAUUACUGUUCGAAGGCGUUCACCCGCAAAGAGCAUCUAAUGAAUCACAUUCGCCAGCACACGGGCGAGCACCCGCACCACUGCAACUACUGCGCCAAGUCAUUCACGCGCAAGGACCACAUGGUCUACCACGAGCGCCAGCACACCGGAGAGACGCCCUUCCCCUGCCAGUACUGCCCCAAGGCGUUCACCCGCAAAGACCAUCUCGUCAACCACAUCCGCAAACACACUGGUGAGUCCCCGCACAAGUGCACAUAUUGCAUGAAGGGCUUCACGCGCAAGGAACACUUGACUAACCAUGUUCGCCAACACACAGGUGAGUCGCCGCAUCGCUGCCACUUCUGCACCAAGUCGUUCACGCGCAAGGAGCACCUCACCAACCACAUCCGCAUCCACACGGGCGAGUCGCCGCACUCAUGCGAGUUCUGCGACCGCACCUUCACGCGCAAGGAGCACCUCAAGCGGCAUGUGCGCCAACACGUGACGGGAGCCGAGUACAACUGCAUCAUCUGCUCGGCGCCGUUCCCCGCCAAGGAUCACCUGCUAGAGCACAUGCAGACGCACCCGCGCGACCGGCCCUAUGUGUGUCCCGACUGCGGCAAGGGCUUCCCGCUACGCGGCAACCUCAUGUUCCACCAGCGCAGCCACCAGAAGGGCGAGCCAGCCGAGCGGCCCUUCCGAUGCGACCUCUGUCCCAAGGACUUUAUGUGCAAGGGCCAUCUGGUCUCACAUCGCCGCAGCCACCUGAACGGCAAGGGCUAUGGCGGCCAGCAGAUCAACGCCAUGUCGUUUGCUGACAAGAGCAACGCUUUCAUGCUGAAGCAGCUGAUGAAGGGCGAAACUGGCGACAUGACUGCUCACAUCAUUCACAGUCCCCCUCCGCCCCCCCAGAACCAGCCCAUGCAGGUCAGUGUCGGCACUCAGGCCGGGCCCCCUGUCCUCCCCCCGCCCUCAUCCAGCUCCCUGCACCCCUCUCUCCAACCCCCACCCUCCCUUCUCGCCGUUGUCACUUAAUUCCCCCCUGUGUUCAAUAAUAAUCUACUAGGCUAUAGUCCAUGCAAAUCUUAGUUUGCAGCUCUAUGGUUCAACAUUAUUUCAAUGUAACAAUAGAAGCUCACUGUUGCCGGUUUUAUGCUGAUUCUAUUAAAAGGGCCUACGCUCUCCUUUUCUCUUACACAAUCAGCUCACAGGUUUCGUGGAUCCUGUGAAAUGUGGCAACACUCUGCUCCUUAAGAGCAAUGCUGCAAUGUAAGGUUUGCACAGACUAUACUAUCUUAGUAGAAUCUUUGACAACAUCACAAAAUAAAUUGAUGGAUUUGAUUAAUAUUGACACAGGAGGACUUUCCUUUCCUCUAUUCUCGGGUGGCGGACUGCAGCAGUGAGUGUGGACUUUGAAGCACUUUUACCAUAACAUAUUCAUUUAUGUAAUGAGGUUGGUGUAAUGUGUUGGUUGAUGAGACUAGAACAUGAUGACGUCAUUACAAAAUUGAGCAUUGAUCUAGCGAAGCGUUCGUGUUUCCAUGGCUUGUUUAGAUUACGGUAAAUAACUAUAUACUAUCAAUUACAUAUAAAAUAUAAUAUUACUACUAUAUUAUCAUCAUCAUCUAUUUUAACAAGAAAUUUAGUUGAGCUAGGCAGCCUCGUAAGUGGUAAAUGUAGUUGAACGUAGGUAGAUUGAAUGUUAGGCACAACUUAAGCCAUUGCCCAUGACUUGAGUUUGAUUUAUAAAUGCAUUCUAUUAUUUAGAUGAAAAUGCAUUUAAUGAGUUUUAUAUAUAGUUUUCAGUAUUUCUUUUCUAAUUAAAACGUAGACUAUUUCUACGUUAUAGCUAAUUAUUGCUAUUUAUUUGCAUUAAUUAGUUUGUCUAGAUUAGGUAUUUUUAUAUGAAUUUACAUAGUAUAAAAUGUAGAGAUUUUUAUUGCACAGGGUGAAAUCCGCCAAGUUAUCAACUUUCGCUAGAAUUAGCCUAAUCAACAAAAAUUCCAUCAGUUUCAUUUCUUACUUUUUCUUCUAAAUUAUUUUCCUAGAAUCCCAACAGAUCAUAACUCAAUAGACAAGUCAAUAGAACUUUUAUAUUGUCCAUCAGUAAUAGAUAUCUAUUAUCCAGAAACUCAGACCCUGUGCAAAAUAUUAUCUGUUGAUCUAAUAAUACCGUACUGUAUUUUUAUUUGUAUUUUGCUAAACUUAUAAUUUUAUUAUUUUCAAAUUAUUUUAUACCUUCCACCACUAUUAGUUAUUUUAAUGAAUUGAAUUAUAGUUAUUAUUUUGCGGCUUAUUUCAUUCACCAACUAUUAGCGGUAGUAAUAAAAUUAAUUGAUUAAUUGUCCCAGCUUUAUACAUAAAUAAUCAUGUUUCUGAUCCUCAUUUUUACUCUAUGUUUAGACAUUUGGAAUUAAAUCUAAUAUACAAUUAUUAUACUCUUAUAGUGUAAGUAGUUUGUGUUUCCACUUGACCGAUAUGAAAUGAAUUUUGAUAUAGAAUUAUUGCUAUGUAAAAGAUAGUUCACUUAAUUAUUUGUAAAUAGUACUUGAUCGUACCGUCUUGUCUAAGAAACGUUUGCAUUGAAUUAGUUUUGAAAAGAAAAAAUAAUUUGUAGUUGAAUUUCAUAUCGAAACAAGAUAGGCUUGUUGUAAUGUCUAAUGAAUAGCAUAAAACUUGAGUACGAUAAUAUUCUACAUGAAAAUCAUAAUCUUCUACCUCACGAUAGAAGCAUGCCUCGGCAGUUUGCAAUAAAAUUAUUGUGUUGAUACACUGUUGUAUAUCAUACAAUUUCUUUAUUAGUUCAGUUGCAGUUUUGAAAUUUGUCCAAUUAGGAUUCACUAAUUUUAAAUUCAAGUAAUUUCAUUAAUAAUUAAUAUUCGAUCAUAUUCCAUUAUUCCAAUGAUGAUUGAGUUUUUAAAUUAAUUUAUCUUCUACUAUAUGCUUUUUAAUAUACAUAGUUUGUUACUUUGUGUUUUAGUAGACAUGUAGGUAAGAUUACGUUGCUAGAUUCGCUUCAAUAUUAUUGAAAUUCAUUGAAUGAAAUGAUCGAACUGCCUCUUUGUAAUCAUUUGUUCAAAUUACUGUAACGCCAGAUAUAUUGUUGACACUGGAUUUAUAAUAUUAUGUCCCCUCAUAAAGGAGAUUAUUUUUUACAAUAUAUAUUAUGCAGGAACGUUUGUCAGAAGAUAGAUCACUUUACAUUUAGCGAGUGUACAGAUCCUCCUCAUGUUGAUAGAAAUAUUAUAGAUCCCAUUAAAGAUAGUAAGCUAUACAGUAUAAAUAUUAUAUUAUAUCUUUUUAAAAUUGUAAAAUGAAUUGAGAUGCUGUUGUUAAGUGAGUAUUAUUAACAUCGUCUGUUAAACAAAUUCUCUUAGCUGCAAGUUGUUACAAAGAUUGAAAAAAAUAGUUAACUUGAAGAGAAUAUUCCUUAAUUACUGUACUUUGAACAUGGCAAUUUACUUUUGAAACGUAACUGAUAAUACAUUUAGAUGUAUUGUGCUAUUGAACAGCAAAAUCGUUAAACUCAUUUUGAAAAUGGUCCAUUAAUUUACAGAAAAAGUAAAACUUUUUACAUAUUUUUCAAUGUAAAAUUUAAUAUUUAGUCUAUUAUUUUAACUAAGUGAUUGCUUACGGACUAAUCAACACGGUCUUAAUUAGCUGUAAGAAUAUUUCUUUUAUUCUCUUGAAUUUUUUCUUUCAAUAUUUUUUACAAUCUGUUGAAUUGAACAAUUAUUUCAAUAUUUCCAUAGUACAGUAGAAGGAACCAUUAUAUUGAAUUAAAUAGAAUAUAAAAAAAUGUAUUUUUUUUUAUUUGUUAGAUAUAAGUUGAACUCAUAAUUGAUAAAUAACACUCAUAAUUUAAAUGUUAUUGGCCACCAUAAUAAUUUGUCAUUUGUAACAGAGGAUGACUUGACCAUUUUUCAUACUUCUACUGUUGUAAAAUUUCAGUUGAAAUUGUUUUUUGAACGUAAAUUGUGAAUUUUGUGUGAAAGUGUGAAUGAUGCCUGCCUGAAAAUUAGAAUCAAAUUUUUGUCUUGUCGCGUUUUCCCUGGAGCUACGAAAUUUCUCAUUGCAGUACACCAAAGUCAAAGUCGCGUCUUAAAAUAUUAGGAUUCUUUAAUUUGAUUCUAACUUAGCUAUUGGAAUAAUCUAUUUUUUGUUAUAGAUUUCAAAGCUAUUUAAAGCGUUCAUCGUAAUAGAGCUCAUCCGUGCAACUUGUUUGUUUACGAAAAUAUUUUUUCGACAUAUUUGUUUCCUGAGUUUUCGUUCCUACACGUAUUGUUACAUAACUUCUCGAAAAAUGAAUAUUGUGAUUUAGAAAAAUGAUUUGUACAUAAACAUUUUGCUCCUUUACUUGAGUUCUACUACGAUUAUUGCUUUUCGAUUAUCGUACUUUUCUUCCGUUAAAUUCACCCUGCAAAACUACUCUUCCACCACCUACGCUUCAGCCUCCCCUCCCCCGUCGUAAACGGGAGAAUCAAUACCACCGAAAUUUUUAGCCUUCCAUCAUCUGUCUACUAUCGAUAAUUGAAAUAGCUUUUAAUUUGUUGUUAUUGUGUGAUUGACUUUAUAGUUUAAGUCUACUUUUAAGCUGCAUGCUUAAUUUUAUUGCAUGUUAAAAUCAUAACCAUUGAAUACAAUUACUUUUAUUAUGUGUUGCCCAAAUGCAAUAUGUUGUUUAUUUUCUUAGUUCGUAUUUAGAUUAGAAUUUUACUAUAUAAUAAUGAUGAACUAUACUGCAUGCAUCUACAGGAAUUGAUUGCUAUUUGGUCGGAUAUCUGCAAACUUGAAUUUGCGCUAUUCGACUGAUUUAUUGGAAUAUAGUGAUUUUCCAAUAAUUUAUUGACUUUGAGUAUUUUGGAGUAUAACCACUUCCUCCAGAUCUAAUAAAUUUUGCCAUCGUGAUUAAGGUUGUUUUAGAAACAAUCUGGAACCAAUUUUAACUGAGCCAAAAUUUUGGCUUACCCGUCUAAACAAGUGUCCUAACUUGAUAGACGUGAGUUUUCAACAUUGCAUAACUGUUCCUUCAGAACUGGGAAAUGGUGGUUACUGAAUUAUUAAUUUCGAUUUUUAUGAUGAAACUAAUCAUUUUCUUGGAUCAAUAGUUUUUUUUAACUAUUGAGAGUACAAAUCUUCACAUUUUAAUUGGGAACAGCUAUAUUUAAUUUGAUCUCGUAUUUUGUGAUGAAUAUAUUGAUAUAAUACACUGAGUUUUGCAUGCUAUAUUUUUAUUUAUUUUUCAAUGUAUUUAUUUCUUUACUAUUCUGAUAUUGAUACUAAUAUGUUUUUAUUAUUUAUCCGAUCGACCUCAUGGUCAUUAAAUAUCCAUUGUUUUACCAGAAGAGAAAUGAUUAUUAACGUAAAGACUUUCAAAGUUUAGACCUUGUAGAUUUUUUGUAAUGUGUUUGAAAAGUUUUGAUGAAGUCUUUUGUAAAAUCUUCAAUUUUGUUUCAAUCUUACUAGAUAGUUUUAGUAGUAGAGGGCUUGUUUCGUGAGAUUUCAAAUCAUUAUCUCGCCUAUUUUCUCACCAAGGCAUUACGAAUCGCAGUGGUCUGCGCAAGGCUUUUGGUGAUAUUAAAAACGCGCUCUUUAAUAUUAAAAUUUGAUCAGAAUUCAGCGAUUUUCAUCAUUUUAGUAUUUUUAAAAAAUAUAUUGAGAAAAAAUUCCUUCAAUAGAAAGUCCAGUAUGAAUUUUUAUCACUGUUAGUAUCUUUAUCUACUGUAUUUUAUUCAAUUCUUGAUGUAUUUCAGGUAUGAUUACUUGUAUGUGUGUUUGUGUGUAUGCGUGAAGUGUAUUUGCAACCAAUGCAGAAUCUCCUAAAAUUUAUCUCAAUUCUUAAAUAUAGUAAGUUUUUCAAUAAAUCUUUCAAUUGCCGAGGAUUUCCUUUAUUCUCUUUCCUCAUCUUAAACUUAUCAAUCACAAUAAAAAUUAGGAAAAGCGUUGCAAGAUAUUAUAUUAGUAUAUCUGAAUUACUAUUAUUUUUUCUCUUCAAAGUCUUUGGUUCAGAACUCGUAGCAAAAAUACAUAUUUGAUAGGGAAGUGGAGUGGAUUUGAAUUAUUUUUUUGAAACUAAGCUACUAUAUUGGGGAAAAAGUAUAAAUAUUUUUGUAUCCACUCCAUUUUUACCGUGUCUUUCACGAGUAAUUAAAAUUGAAUAUAUAUUUUGGCUCUCAUUUGAUCGACUUUUGAAUUGCAUUGAAUUCCUACUUGCAUCAUGCAACAACAUACUAAAGCUCUUUGUAUCUUGCAACGUGUUCUUACUGUAUCAUGAUUUCUGAAAAUCAUUUCCCUUGUUCAAAAUCCAUUCUCUUAUCACAAUAGCCAAACCUAAAACAUUAAUUUGAAAUUAUCUCGAGUCUCCUCUGAUUAAAUAACAUAUAAAUGGUGGCCAUCAAAUAAAUAAUUGUUUAAAACCAGUUAGCAGAAAAAAUAUUUCUUUGGAAGAAAACUAUUGUAGGAUCAAGUUACAAAUUUGAAUUUUCUAAUGAAACAAAUAUCAGUAUAAGGAUCAUUAUUCUGUAGUUUGAAGUGCUGCAUUAUUGAAUAAAACAAAAAAGAAUGUAUAAUACUGAUGUGUCUAUUGCAUACAUAUAUGAAUAUAUGCGUUUUAAUAAAUAAAAAUGAGUGAAAUA